GUCUGAUGAGGAAGCUACAGGUGAAAACACUGUCAGCUCACCUGAACGACCUCCUGAUCAGUAACUAUCACACCUGGACCAACUAUCACAACUUGAUCAGUUUUCUCAUCCUGGAUCGAUAAAUCACACCUGGACCAUGUCUUCAUCAGUGCCAGCUUCAGCAGGUGGAGUGCAGGUGGUCACUCUGGAGGACUCUCAGCAGGUGAACGUGAUGCAGACCUUCAGCCGGAUGAGUCCGCUCACUCUUGGGGUGGUUCAGAUCAUGAUCGGCAUGAUGGUGAUUUUGUUUGGGAUCCCCAUGGCAAUGGAUGGAUUUCCCCUGCUAGUGGUGUAUAGCGGUACCUUUGUGUGGGGAGCGUUGCUCUAUAUCAUAACUGGCUCCAUCACAGUGGCUGUUUGGAAAUUUUCCAGCAUCUAUCUGGUGAAAACUGCUUUGUCCUUGAACAUAUCUUCUGCUAUAACUUCAUUUAUAAUGGCCGUCCUUCUGUCUGUCGACGCUUCACGGACAUCGGGUCUGGUUGAGGGUUUCUUCGGGGUCCUGGUUGUGUUCCACUUCUUGCAGCUGGCUGUUUCGCUAACAGUCAUAGUGUUUGCCUCCUUAGCUACCUGUGAAUGUACCUGUAAGGAACAGAUGCAGAGCUAAACCAGCAGAGGGAGGAAGAAAGUCUGAGCCCACGGUUUAAUCAGCUGAAGAGACGCCCGCUCUUAAAGCACGAUAUUAAUAACUCGUCAUAUUCACCGGUUUUGAAUCGCGUCCGAUCCCUGAAUUAUAUCCACUCCUAAACUCACCUGCUGCGCUUUCAUUGGCUGGGGAAACACACCAGCUCCGCCCAGAAACGUCCAGAGU